CGGCUCCUGCCCUCUCGCCAUGUCGGUGACCAUCACCAGGAAGACCCUGAGGAGCAGCUCGGCCGCCCCCGGCCGCUCCUUCAGCUCCCACUCCUACACGGCCGGCCCCGGGAUGAGGAUGAGCACAGCCUCCGCCUUCGGCACCUACGGGGGGAGCCGCCUGGGCGCGGGGCUGUACCGGGGCCCCGCCGUCGUGCCGGGCCCCGGGGGGGGCAUCGCGGCCGUCAGCGUCAACCAGAGCCUCCUGACCCCUCUGAACCUGGAGAUCGACCCCAGCCUGCAGCGGGUGCGCAGGGAGGAGAAGGAGCAGAUCAAGAGCCUCAACAACAAGUUCGCCUCCUUCAUCGACAAGGUGCGGUUCCUGGAGCAGCAGAACAAGAUGCUGGAGACCAAGUGGAGCCUCCUGCAGGGCCAGAAGACCUCCAGGAGCAACCUGGGAGCCCUCUUCGAGUCCUACAUCGGCAGCCUGCGGCGGCAGCUGGAGGGCCUGGGGCAGGAGCGGCUGCGGCUGGAGGCGGAGCUGGGAAACAUGCAGGGGCUGGUGGAGGAGUUCAAGAGCAAGUACGAGGAGGAGAUCAAUAACCGAACCGAGAAGGAGAAUGAAUUUGUGCUGCUCAAGAAGGACGUGGAUGAAGCCUACAUGACCAAGGUGGAGCUGGAGUCGCGCCUGGAGAGCCUGACCGACGAGAUCAACUUCCUCAGGCAGCUCUACGACGAGGAGCUGCGGGAGCUGCAGGCUCAGGUCUCCGACACCUCUGUGGUGCUGUCGAUGGACAACAGCCGCAGCCUGGACCUGGAUGGGAUCAUAGCAGAGGUGAAGGCUCAGUACGAGGAGAUCGCCAGCCGCAGCCGCGCCGAGGCAGAGGCCAUGUACCAGGGCAAGUACGAGGAGCUGAAGAGCACCGCGGGCAAGCACGGAGCCGACCUGCGCAGCACCCGCGGCGAGAUCAGCGACCUGAGCCGCAGGGUCCAGCGCCUGCAGGCUGAGAUCGAAGCCCUCAAGAGCCAGAGAGCCAACCUGGAGAGCUCCAUCGCCGAGGCCGAGGAGCGCGGGGAGCUGGCACUGAAGGAUGCCAGGGGCAAGCUGGCAGAGCUGGAGGCUGCCCUGCAGAAGGGCAAACAGGACCUGGCCAGGCAGCUGAGGGAGUACCAGGAGCUGAUGAACGUCAAGCUGGCCCUGGACAUCGAGAUUGCAACCUACAGGAAGCUGCUGGAGGGGGAGGAGAGCAGGUGA